UAUGAACAAAGGCUAAUCUCCAAGAAGAGAUCAUUCUCCAAAUUUCUUCUAUAAUAUUACAAAUGAUAAUUACAUGUACAAGAGGAGUGCAGACACAUAAUAAACAGAUCUUAAUUGUAUGACUAAAUAAGCUAGAAAUUAUGUUAAUAAUGCAAAUAUCACAAAUUCUCCAAAACCUGCUGGAUCACCUUCAAGAAUGAAUUUUACUAUGUAGAAUAAAUAUUUUCAUCAAUCAAAUAUUUUUGAUGGCGUACAAUAAACAAAAGAAUAUAAAUAACCAGAAUAGCCAUUGAAAGAGAAAUAAAGAGAUAAUAAAUCUCCUUCAAUAUUAAAUGGAGCACAGAUUAAUAAAAAUUAUAAUUGCACUUCUGGUAAAUCAUAACCAAUAAUCAAUAAAUCAAAAUAAAUUACUGUAGAGUUUUAAACAGACAAUAAUAAUUUUGAUGCUUUGGAUUUAAAAAGAUCUUUAUUAAAAUAAGGUAUAUAGAUUUCUGAUAUUUAAAUGAAAAAUCCUAUAAACUCAGGAAGAACUAAGAAUAUAGGAAAUAUUACUGUUAAAGGAGAUGAAGAAAAAUUAUCUAUUUUGCAUUAAGAACUAGAAAAAGUAGGACUUAAAACUCAUGAUAAACCAAAUAAUUAUUAUGUAUUAUACAAUAAAUAAUCUAGAAAUAAUAAGCUGAUCAUAGUUGGGUGCUUUAAAAAUAAAAAUAUGACAAAAUUGAAUAUUUCAAAAAUCGUUGA